UGACUGACACUCUCGCAUCUGCCGCGACGCGAGUGGCCACCAGUCUGUCGCGAUCGAACGCAACUCGCGCCUGUUGAUCGCAGCGUGAUCCAACGUCGCGACCGUUAUUCGCCUGAUCGAAUCGUCCCUAGACGCCAUGGAUCCACGGGAGCCGCACGAGUUGACCGUCGAUUUCAUCGAGACGGAGUUGAUACCAGAAAUGGUGCACGCUCGUUGCUUCUGCGAGCCGAAUUCGCGCGAAUUCGUCGAGUUCGAGUCGGCCACGGUUCGCGUCGUGGAGCUGAGCCGCACCAGCGAGAUUUAUCGCGUGGAAACGGUCAUCAGGUUCUCUGGGGAACCACGUGGCUACCCGCUGCUGGUGAAGAUGCUCCCCGAAGACGCCAAUCGGCCUGGAACGGCGUUCGACGCUUACCAAAACGAGGAGAUGUUCUACUCGAAGAUGACCCAGAAGUACGGAUCGGAUCUGGCGCCCAGGUGCUACCUGGCCGAUUUAGGUCGAUUCGAGAGACCUGUUGUCGUGCUGGACGACCUGGAGGCGGUUGGUUACGCGCAGGCGGACGGAGAUCUGGACGAGGAUCAGUUGAGGCUGUGCGUGAGAGUUUUGGGAAAGUUCCACGGCAGGGGGCUCAGGCUCAAGGCCACGGAGCCUGAGAUCUUCAGGGAGUUCGAGGCCAAGAUGCUGGAGGUCACGCUCGCGGAGGAUUUAAUGACUCAGUACGAGAAGAGGUCCUCCAGGAUGAUGGACACCCUGGAAUCGAUGCCGGAUUCGAGGCUGGCCGAGAAGGUGAGAAGGAAGCUGAAUAAGAGCCCGAUGGAGAUGGUGAAGAGCAUCGCGUCGGAGGUUAACGAGGUCUCGACGAUCUGCCACGGUCAUUUUUCACACGAUAAUCUCCUGUUCAAAUACCAGAACGGGAAACCCGUCGACGUAAAGGUGAUCGACUGGCAAACAAUGAGGUACUGCUCGCCAGCCGUCGAUCUUGGGCCCAUUCUGCUGUACAACAUGAAGCGUGAAAAUGGUCCGACGGAGCUCCACGAGAUUCUAGCCCACUACGCCGAGACCGUGAAAUCUGAAUAUCCAGAGAUAUCCAUCGAGAGAUUGACGGAGGACAUCGUCGACAAGUUCCUCUUCGCGUGCCUUAUCUUGUCCUUCCAGGAGCACAUCAGCGACGAGGAAUUCAAGCAAAUUAUUUCACACGUGGAGCGAUUGAACAUCUUUGAUUAAGGGAUUCCGUUCGACGUCGCUCGCACGUUUGUUCUGUUAUGGUUGUGACACCAAGACUGAGGCUUUUUUUUUUACGAAAUUAGUUGGACGUUGAGAGAAACUUUUUACGUUCUGUGUUCGCUGUU